UUGGGCUUCAACUUCAUACAUGUUAUGUUAUCAAACAAGCAGCAUACUACAGCUCCAUCCCACCACCAAACUGGCCCCACACGCGCCACCGCAAACUGAAACCGGCGGCAACAUGGAAGAAACCAAAAACCGAGCUUCUUCAUCCAAACGCCACCCACGCGCCACUUCACAUUUCAAACGCAAGCACUUCGAUGAUGACACAGAACACCAUAAUGAAACAAAAUUACACAUUAAGAAGAAGAAGCAAAAAUUAGUCAGUAAAACCCUAACACAAACCCAAUUCAAUUUGACUAUUUCAAAUAGGUUUCAACCUCAAUUUGAUAAAAGUUGGAGUCUUUCACAGAGUAAUCGCAAAUGGGUCUUCUCUGAUACCGAUUUCUCCGCUCAUAAAGAUAGAGUGGUUGUUGUGUCUUACAAUAUACUAGGUGUUGAAAAUGCUUCAAAGCAUCCUGAUUUGUAUUUCAAAAUCCCACCUCGAUUCUUGGACUGGGAUCGGCGAAAGGCGCUUAUAUGUGACGAGAUCAAUUAUUAUAAUGCAGGCAUUCUAUGUUUUCAGGAGGUUGAUCGCUUUGAUGAUUUAGACUGUCUUCUUCAAAAGGAUGGCUUUAGAGGUGUUUACAAGGGCCGCACCGGUGAAGCAUGUGAUGGCUGUGCUAUAUUUUGGAAAGAAAUUCAAUAUUCCCUUUUGCGUGAAGAAAAUAUAGAGUUUCAGAGUUUUGGCCUCCGAAACAAUGUUGCUCAACUUUGUGUUUUAGAGAUGAAUGGAAAUAAAUCAAAGUCUGAAUUUACACACUCGGCAGAGUCUCAAACUACUGGAAAUCGAAGAUUUGUGGUUGGAAAUGUACAUGUUCUGUUCAACCCAAAUCGUGGAGACAUCAAGCUCGGCCAGGUUAGACUUUUUCUUGAGAGAGCUUACAAGUUAUCCCAAGAAUGGGGUGACAUCCCUGUUAUACUUGGUGGAGAUCUAAAUAGUCUUCCACAGAGUGCUCUGUAUCAAUUUCUAGCUUCAUCAGAGUUGAACCUUCUGGUCCAUAACCGCAAAAACAUUUCAGGGCAGCUUGAGCAUCCACCACAACACAAAUAUUUCAGAUCCCACAAUAAGAAUUCUGAAAGAAUUUGCAUGUCCAUCUCAAGGCCGUCAUUACAUUUAUGGAGCGAUGAAGAAGUAUCUUUUGCUAGUGGUACUGAAGGAGUCACUCAUCUUCGUCACCAAUUAAAGCUUGGUAGUGCAUAUCUUGGGGUUCCCGGGAGCUCUAGAUCAAGAGACCAUCAUGGAGAACCAUUGGCAACAUCAUAUCAUUCCAAGUUUAUAGGAACUGUUGAUUAUAUUUGGCACACAAAACAACUCAUUCCCGUUAGAGUUCUUGAUACGAUACCCAUAGAUAUUUUGAAAAGAAGCGAUGGCCUUCCUAAUGAGAAAUGGGGAAGUGAUCAUCUUGCUCUUGUAUGUGAACUAGCCUUUGUAGAUAACGACAACUAAAUUUCAGAGUCAUGCACGAAGUUGAUAUUCCUCAAAGGAACUCCGAAGUUGUGAGAAGCUUUGAUUCCUUCGAGCAUUGCUUGCAGAAUUUGCUAACAGCUAGGUGCGCGGGUUUCAUAUAAUCUACCAGAGCAGCAACUUCAGUUACUAAUGAAUCCGGUCUUUUGAAGAAAAAGGUCAGUUCAUAAACCCCAAAGAGUAGCUAGAAGUAAAUUUUUCACUCUUUUUUAUCAACAGGCAUCCAGAAAUAUUUAUAACAAUCGUAAAUUUAUUAUUUCUGACUGGUUAAACUCAGUACUUUAAUAAUAGGUGGGACUGUAGCGAUAUAUGCUCCUAGGGUUUGUAAAUACCGAACUAAACCGAAAAAUUUUGUUUGGUUUGAUUUUUACAUUAUAAAAGGUUUUAGUUUUUUU